AUGUUCACCUGUUCUGACAUUCUCCACGCAAGCUGGGAGCUCGAAAAGCCCGUGACACCCGCGUUCUUGAGGUACAAGGACGCCUUUGAGCAUUCUAUCAAACUUAAUGGAAGCGUGGCGGAUGAUUUGAUCACUUUCAACACACAAAGGAGCACCCAGUGGGAUGGACUGCGCCACUUUGCGUACCAGAAAGAGCAACUUUGGUACAAUGGCGCCACCCAAGACGACAUCAUUGAUAUCAAGAUCGGGAAAUCGCGCCUAGGCAUCAACUGGUGGCACAAAGCGGGAGGCGUCGCAGGUCGAGGAGUCCUGGUCGACUACUGGUCAUAUGCAGUGGCCAACGGCAAGCAGUACGACGCUGUGAGGCCUCACGGAAUCAAAUAUGACGACCUCAUGGCUUGCUUUCAGUGGCAGCAGCAGCAGCAGUCCCCAGAGCCAUUGGAGCUGAAAACUGGUGACAUCCUCCUAAUACGCUCGGGUUUCCAUGCACAAUAUGCAGAGCUAGGCACCAAAGAUGAGCGGGAGGUGGGCGAGGCGUGGCCACCUGCGUCGUGUGGUGUUGAUCAAGAUUUGAGGCUACUGAAGUGGCUCUGGGAUAGCCAUGUUGCCGCCGUAGGUGGAGAUUCGCCGGCCUGGGAGGGCUUUCCAUCGGACGGCGAGGCUGGCUUCACCUUUCAUGAGGUAUUGUUAGCCGGUUGGGGCUGCCCAAUCGCGGAAAUGCUCUGGCUUGAGGAUCUUGCUGCGUCGUGCCGCGAACGCAAACGCUGGACAUUCUUCCUGACUUCGGCUCCACUCAACGUUCACGGCGGCGUGGCUAGUCCUGCUAACAUGUUGGCGCUUGCGUGA